CUUCGGGUGACCAUGUUGUUUGGGCCCCGCGGUAGAAUGUUUACGGCAAACCGGCUUCAUCGGUGGACCGGUCAAUGUAGUGCUCAGUCGCGGUCCGUUCCUUGGUACGACCGGACGUUCACCGGGUUUCGUCGUCGUCCAACGAAAUAGCUAGUCGCGAAUUUACAUCGUAUCCGUAGUUCCAUCCCGCAGACCAACAGGGAGAACUCAAUGUGCGAACUCUGUUACAAAAAGUAUCACUCUGAAAAGAUGCAAAAUUGUGCCACAGUUAACAGCACCUCAUUUGUGAUCGUUUUUUAAAUGGUGAAUCCAUAGAAUCUUCGAAAGUCUAAAAGCUGUCUGUUGUUAGGCUGUGAAACAAGUGUGUUCCCGUGCAAAUUGUGCCUUUGUUAGUGUUGGCACUCAAACGGAAUACUGUGAUAGUGAGCGUAAUUGUGCGCAAAUGUGCCAAAAUUUUGCCGCGUUUUAGUAGUUGAAAGAUAUCCAAGUGUUUGUUGUUAAACAAAAUCGAGCUCCCGUUUGUUAUGUACUCUAGCAAGAAAAAGUGAUAGUAAAUCGAAUCGUUAUGAAGCAACAGCAGAAAAGUGUGUAAAAUGCUGAAGCAGAGCUGAACGACUGACCAUGUACACCACCAAUGUCGACAGUCACGUUAGUUAACGUUGUGUCCGUAAAGGUAUACGCGGAAAAUUCGACCAACCGUCGGCCGUCGGAUCUGUGAUAGAUUCAUGUUUGAUCGAGAAUACGUUCGACACUGACAUAUAAGCUAGAAAAUAUAGUUCCGUUUCCGUGACGUUCUAAAGCAACGAAGAUGUACAACGAUAGCAAACGCUUCCAAAGUCGCAAUCAGGGUUUAUUCUGCGACGAACCCAAUCCCGUCGGCAUGUUGCCCGAGGUGGCGGCCGUACGCAGUGAGAUGGAAAAGUGUUUCCCCUAUUCGAUCCUGACAAAGAAGCACCAACUUAUGCAGGCAGUCGGUGGAGCUAGUGCAGGAAUGCCUAAUGCUGGAAAACCAUCACCUCCACCUCCGCCAGCUCCAAUCGCUGCCAGCUUCCUGAACGCUGCCUUGUUACCAGUGGUUGCGACAGCCGGUUUAAGAGAAGGUGCAACGGCCACAGGUACGGUGGGUGUGAUGAAUCCAGGUGCUAUGAGUACUGCCGCGAGCUCCUCAACCACGGCCAGUGCCUUUGAACCGAUUGCGGAUGUAAAUGGAUUUUACGGUAAUGCGAUGGUGACCGAUGUGGGCAUUUGCUUCAGCAUGAGCAAUGUGAAUCUAAACGGACAUCCUCCGACGAUUCCUCUCGCUUCCUGUACGGACGCACAGCUGGUACCUACGAGAUGUCCACCACAGGCACCCCAUUUGCGAUUGAGCUCUCCCAAACGUUCUGCGCUAGAGAGACGAAAAUCAUACGAAGAUCCAGGCCCAGAAACUGCACUGCUCAAUGCACGACGGCGAGCGGCAGCGUUCGUACCCGUGUCGGCUAAUGGUCGGUUUAAUCCGAGAACCAUUCUAGGAACAGCGGCACAACCAUCGCCUAGUUCCGUUGCCACUCAUCAUCAACACCAGCCCCAUCGACAGCAGCAGCCAUCUUUCUUUCCUGCCUCAACAGUGUACCCGCUGGCACAUCAUCCCACGGCUACUGGUAUCCCAUUGCCGAAGCAACCGAAACAGCUGCCGAAUGUUCACCCAGUGCAUCAACCACUGCCACGACAGCGUUCGCUUGGAAUGGUUGGUAAAAGUGCGUACGGUAUUGUUCGAUCGACCAGUUCGGAUCGGGUGCGCGGCACAGGUUCGCCUUCGAGCAACCCUGCUGGCAGUUCGUCAACGAUGGGUACGUUAGGUCUGGGUAUGGCACGAUCCUCACCGCCGUACUUCAAGCAACCACCCGGUGGUUCUAAAGCUAGCAGCUCGGGUAACUAUUACCAACCACCAACCACUGUCGCCAGUUCGUCGGUAAUGACGGCCAACUCGUCACCGUAUGGUAGUUCCAUCGGGAACCAUGCACUAUCGACCAGUCUAAAUCAAGGCCAUGUGCCAACCGGUGGUGGAUACCAUCACCGUGGAAACGUUCUGAAGUGUCUCCCUCUGUCAAAUGUAAUACCUCUUGCCGGAGGAUCUCCCACAACAGCAGCUGCGGGGUACGAGUACUAUAGGUACGCGAUGGAGGCAGCAGAAACUGUUGGAAAGUUGCAGUCUUCUCAAUCGGUGGUCCUUCCCAGUAACACCAUACCAGCAUCCAUCGAUGAAAGUCCCAAGGCUACUCCAAUGAUGGAUUACAAUGGUUUGCGGCAACUUUUUCUAAAAUGCUGUUACAAUGAAAUGAAGCUCCUGCCAUCGGCGACUAUUGCAAACGCAUCCACCAUGCUACAGACCAACGUUUCAGCGCCACCAUCCACCGCGACGAGUCUGUCAAGCGAUUCCCCAGCGAAUCCUUACGAGUUUGACACGGAACCAAGCGCAACGGCUUAUCCACCCGGACACUACCCACUAACGAGCCGAUCCUGUCCAAGCUCACCGAAUGGUCCCCACUGCCAUGUAUCACCCGCACUGCCAACGACGGCACCGUCCGCCUGUUCAACGCCAAUCGGUGAUGGUAGAUUAUCUGCGAAACAGGAUCGAAUCGAGCUAAACAGUGAGGAAGAUGAUGUGCGGCCGAUGGAGGUGUGCAGUGAUGAUGGGGAGCUUCAAGACGAUGCUGCCGGGCGGGAAGAUGAUGUGCUGGAUGAUGAACCGAAGGAUUUUAGUAUGAAAACGAUCGGAGUUGUGGAAGCGGUUAAUAGUGGCGGAUGGCCGUCGAGGGAGCCGGUGAAACAGUACGAAGAUUGUAGCAAAAAAGAGCUCAAGGCUGCCCCGAAGAAGAAGUGGAUACGGCACUACAUGAAUGAUGAGCCACUUUCGAAUGGCCAUUCGACGGCACCCCCGCUGGUCGUGAUAGCAACCAACGGAACGCAACACCAUGCGAAGCAUCUGACCGUCAACCAUGUGGCGGUACCGAUCACCACUUCCAACGCCUCCCCGAUGACGAUCGAUCUCUCCACCAAGGGUCUAGCUCAUCCGCAGCAAACUACGCACUAUCAGCAGCAGCCUGCCACGUCGGUGCAUCCUUCGCACGGGCACUCGACGACACCGCCCGCCUCAUCCACCCUUCCAUCGUUAUCCUCCUCCUCCUCGUCCUCAUCCUCAUCGUCGUCAUCAUCCUCGUCGUCAUCAUCGUCCUCGUCGUCGACGCUAACCGUAUCACCGAUCGACGACUCCCAAUCGUCACUAAAUCUCAGCAACGGUUCCAGCACUAAUGGGUACAUCAUCAAUCAUAGUGCCAACAGUAACGGUCCAGCUACCACCAUCACCAGCAGCACCACCGCAGGUAUCGGUGGUUCGUCACCAUUGCCGCCCGGCUUGACCAGUGUGCUACCGAUCAACAUUAACAGUGUGUUGCAGGCCUCGGCCGCCGUUACUGCGUCAGGUACGCUAAACGGUACGAGCCCCAUCCUGGGCACGGCUCACCAUCAGACGGUGCAGCAUUUGCCGCUGGAGUUGCAGCAACAUUUAGCUUCCGGGCUGUCGGUAGCGGCAAUCAAUUCUGGGCAGGGUGCGACCGGUGCUGCCGCACUGUUUGCCAACAUCCCGACGGGAACGCGGCGGAGAACGACCAGCUCCAACAGCAAUGGCGUCGGUACGCGUGAGGUGCACAAUAAGCUGGAAAAAAAUCGACGGGCUCAUCUGAAGGAAUGCUUCGAGCAGCUAAAGAAGCAGCUUAGUCUACAGCCCGACGAGAAAAAGAUCUCCAAUCUGUCCAUUCUGCACGCAGCCAUACGGCACAUUCAGCUACAAAAGCGCAAAGAGCGUGAGUUCGAGCACGAAAUGGAACGGUUAGCGAAGGAGAAAAUUGCGUCGCAGAAUCGAAUUUUGGUGCUGAAGCGCGAAAUCACACAAAUGGGCGAUAUUGAUGUAUCCCGGCUGGCACCGGACACCGACAUUACGCCCAAUCCCACCAACGGCACACUCGUCAAUCUCGUCAGCAGCAACAGCAGCGUCCAAUCGGAGCGAGAUCAACAAUCUGAUAUAGGCGCACCGGGACGGAACGGAAUUCGUUACAGUUCCAGUAGCUCUCUGUCGAGUAUAGCUACGAAUGCCUCCAUCAGUAACCUGCCGCUUCAAACGACCAUCUCCCCGGUGCUAUCCGUGUCAUCGCCGACGCGUGCCAGCCCGGCACUGCAUCGAAGUUCGACCUCCCCUUCAUCGUCGCUGUCGUCGUCUUCGCCGUCCUCGUUGGCCUCGUCUAGCUUGUCCGUUUCGUCUGCAGCGACGAAUCUGCUGGCUCCGCUCUCGCUUACCACCAAGGGCACCGGCAGUAUGGAAGCGCACAACGGCAUGGCGAGCAUCGCUGGCCAGCAGCCACCAGCAUCGCUCAAAAUCACUGCGGCCCCAUUGAAUGGGUUAAAUUUGAGUAGUUCCUCGCUGGCCAUGGUGAACGGAACAAGCAUUAAUGGGACGAACGUCACACUGAACGGUACGACCACAACGACCGCACCGUUGCCUGUUAUUGUCGGUGCAAAUGGUACGACAAACAUAGUCGGCAUUACGCAUUCGCAGCUACUGGCAACGUCCACUGCUGCAGGCUCACCGGCCAUCCAGACUAUCCCACUGAACCUAAACGUUACAUCCGGCGCGGUAAGCAAUGGAUUGAGCGGCACCGGGCCCACCUCGAUCGCGAUCACGACCGCCAACUCGGUCGGUGGCGUUAGUGGCGCACUGAGUUUACCUAGCCAGGCCCUGCAGCUCACCAGCAAUGGGGGCGGUGGCAGUGCCAACGGCCUGAACAGUGGCAGCAGCAGCAGCAUUACCAGCACGGUCGUUGGCACGGUGGCAAGAUCGGUGUACAACACGACCACCAUCGCACCGACGCUGCCCACAUCGGCGACGACUACCACGGUGCAUGUGCCUGCCGUAGGUGGUAGCAAAGAACUGAUCAACGGUACGAUCGGCAAGAACGGUACCGUACGGACUGAUAAUAGUAAGCAUGAGAUUAUCGCAACACAAUCACAACCCACCAACCACAGCACGGCCGUUAACGUAACGGCGGCCCUCGACCCACCGGGAACGAAGGUUAUCACCAUCAUGAAUGGUAACACGUUCGCUCUGGCACCGUUGGAUAAGGAUAGUAAGAUGGGCGUCGUGUACAGUCCCAUCUUGUUGCCGACAUCGCAAGGACUCCGCGUGAUACAGCAAGCAUCGAACGGAUUGGCAACGAUCGAGCUUGCACCGCCCAAUGGCGGUAACCGUCUGCAGCUGCAUUUAACUCACUAAGAUCGUAAGGCAUCGUGAAUGGAAAUGCCGGAUAUCAUCGGAUAUCGGAAGCAGAGCAGCGAUCUUUGGUGUGAGAGAGAGAGACAGAGGGGAAAAAAGGAACGAUAGAGAUUGGGAUCGUGCAAAUACAAUUAACGAACUUAAAUACUAGAAACACAACAAUACACCACUGUGGUGCGCUGUGCCCAAGGAUCAGGGGCAUCAACCGAGGGGGACCAAACUACUCUGCACGGUGAGGGUAGAGAACGAUCCAGGAAGCGUGCAUCCAGCGUGUGUGUAGUGGUGGAGCAUAGAAAGUAUCUUCGCCCAUCGACCAACAGCACAUAUUUAUCUGCGCAACGAGAGAGCGAUGGCGUUCGGGAGCUUCGGCUUCUAGCUUUUUUGUAAUCUACCACGAUAGCGGUUUUAGUGCACCAGUGGAGACUUUGCUAACAAGCUCCCGCGAUGAGAAAACGGAAGGAAUGGGAGCUACUUAAUUGACCGAAUGAAGCGUACUGAAUUUCGUCAAGAGUGGUUUCGGAUUUGAGAGCGCAGCUAAUUGACCAAUAAAGCCUAGCACACCUGCAUCGUCGCAAUGAAAGCCACUGCGCAGUCAAACAACUAGUUCCUUCUAGGUGGUAGCUGUGCUGUUCGCAAACCUCUCCACAAAAUAGCAAACAAAAAAUCCCGCUUUUGUCCCGCGUUUGGAAGAUGGCCAGUAAAAUCAAUCAAUUAGCCCACAGAGACAAUAGUGUGUAACAAGCUCUACUUCUCUCUCACUCGCGCGCGCUCGCGCCUACUUUUUAAUCGUCGCAAACUACGAAGGGCACCAAAAACAAAACAUAACCCAAACCUCCAAAACGGAAGCAAAAACUCAUCCACAAAUAUAUCCUCUCCCCAUGACCAAUGCAGUCACACACAUGCCACUUUUUUUUUAGAAAUACUUCCUUUCCUAGCAGGGAAGUGACCGACCGACCGACCGAGGGGGGAGAGCUUUUUUGUGAGUUGGUGUAAGGCUGUGAAAGCGGAAACAAGAAAAUAUAAAACAAAACACAAAACAAAACAAUGCGGAACAAAAAGCGUAUAUGGUUGAGCAGCAGGGGUGUGGCAGUUACACGAAUCGGUUUCGAAAUUCUUCCUCCUUAAACUGGCGGCCGCGAUGCUGCGAUGAGCGGUCGGUACAGACAGCGGCGUACAAAACUGAUGGUAUAAAUCGAUUGCAAAAACCAACAGAGAACAGGCGACACAAACGAAUAUAUACCGUGUUUGUUUUCUGUUUUUUUGUAAUAAGACACAGACACUGUAUAAAAACACAAUAAAAAAACAUACAAAGGCACAGCUGAAGGAUGAUCGAUGGUAGUAGGUUAAUGGUAGCAGAAAACGAUUAAUUCAUACAUAAAUAUACCAUAAUAACAUCGCGUACAGUAGUAGCAAAACUAUACACGAGAGAAGGAAUGCAAACAACAAACAAACAAAAAAAAAGCGAUAUGGUCAAUGCACGAGCAUCGAGGGAUUAGGGUGUUAGUGACCCAGUACUACUAUUGCUACUACUACGAUUCCUACCACACACUACUGCUACUACGUCUAUUGGCUACGAUCACUGUUGUGUUUAGAAUAGUAAACGUGUGUGUGUUGAUGUGCAUGUAUGUGUCUUUAUCAGUGUGUCCUUUGUGUCUUUUGGAGGAGACAAACAAACAAACAAACAAAAGCGAAAUAAUAAGGGGAAGAGAGGGAUCAACUCGACAAUUAUACCUACACAAUGGUAAUAGUGUAAUUGUUUACAUUUAGUGCAAUUAGUAGUAGUGGCACACAAACAAAAAAUGGAAACAAAAACCACGUUUUACACGCAUACACACACACACAACUCAAGUUCUAAACUAAAUCGCAACAAAUAGAAUAUUGCAUUCGUUUAUCAUAGUUAAAACCAACAAACAAACAAAAAACACACACAUACAAAAGAGAUCACUACAGCGGUAGUUUAGAGCUAAAUCCAGUAGCACGUGAACGCUUUCGAACGAUGGAAACAAAUUUUAUAACAAAAAAAAUCUGGAAAAAUGGAAAAGCUGGAAGUUUGCAUUAGGUUUCCCGCAUUUCUUGCAAGUUCCAAUGAUGAAGUUUUUUUGCAAUUUUUGUUACGCGUGGAAUUUUAUCAAAAACAGCUCCAACGCAGAAAGUAACUAUCGAAUUAUCGCAACGAAAGCGAAGCCGAACACGGGGCGCCUUCCAAAGGUGGAUGUGUUAAUGCUGGCCGGCCCGAGGACUGGGUGGAUGGAUAAUAAUGAGACACAAAGACUUGGUAAAUUACGGAACUGCAAACUACUACUACUACUACUACUAAUAACAACUACUACUAAUUUGCAAGCCGCUAGGGAUGAAUCGGGCAAAGAGGAAAAGAAUAUUUUUGGUACAGUGCAUUCGAGAGAGAGAGAGAGAGAGAGAGAGAGAAAGAGAGAGAGAGCGAGAGACAACACAAUCAUUUAAAGGUCCCGAAACACACAAAAUGGCAGUUGCAUCUUAUUCCAAGAGUGUGGUCCCGAACACACGAUAAACCAUCACACCGCAUUAGUGGUUUGGCAAAGUGAAGAGUGAAGAGGCCCAUAAACGAAACAACAAAUUGUACAGUGGGAAACGAUAGUUUAUAAAACUAUGCAGCAUGAACAUGAAAAGGAUGCUUUUUUACGAUAAAGCAGCAGUAAAGUCACAGUCAGGUACAGAAACGAAGCACUUUUACGUACACAAUUUGUAAAACCAAACAAACAAACAAACAAACAAAAACAAGUAUAUAUAUAAAUAUAUUUUUGUAUUGUACAUAUAUUGUAAUAGUAGCGGAGAAAUGUGUGUGUGUAAAAAGUAUGUGGGUAUGUGUGUGUGUGUGUGGAAAUCGAUAAAGAAAGUGUAGAAAAUACCUUGCAAGGAAGCAAACAAACGAAACGAAGUAAUUUUUUGUAAGUUACUGCAACAAGAAAAAAAAAGGGGAAAUAUGCGAGAGUGAUAGAAACAAAACGAAUGAACGAGUGUAUUUAUAUUUUAAAUUUGUUUUUUUUUGUUUUUUUUUUGUUAUAUUAAUGCGAGAGAGAGACAAGGGAAACAAAAGAAGAAGAAAAAAAAAACUGCUACAAAGAAUAGAAAACGUCCACACAACGAAUUGUGUUUUGAGUACGUGUGUGUUGAGUAGCUUUUAAAUGAUAGCAAAAACGAGCUCUCAAAUGCUAAUGACUGGACAGUUGGGGAAGGAAAAAAAGCAAACGAUCGGAAGAUACUAAUUUAAAUCCUCUUCUAAAUAGGUUCCAAUUAUUUACCAAACAAAAAACAGAAGCGACUGAGAAAUGGAAGUAAAAUUAAAGGAAAACGAGAAACGGGAAAGAAUUAAGCACGAAAUUCGAGAGAGUGAGAGAGAAAGAGGUGUGUAGAAAGGGGAUGGGUUAGCAGUUUGUUUUAAUGUGUUUUAUUUUAUGUUAUAAGGCACUAAGUUUAUUAAAUAUAUAUAUUGUACAGUAUUUAAAACGACAAAAAAAACACACACACACACAAAUACACAUACAAAACUGUAAUAAAAAUAAUAAAUCAAACAUAAUUAUCGGGAACAUCAUGCGUGUAGUUUUCACAAAAUGCGAAGUAUGGAUUUGCGUUUCAGUGUAAUGUGUGCAAAAGAAGAGGCAAAAAGGAAUGCAGUUAAAGAAAAAAUGGAGAAAAAAUCCUUGGGUACUAGGCUGCAAAACGAGAAUGUACUAUUUUCAAAACAAACAAGCAAAACAAUCAAUGAACAAUAGAGAGCAAAUCCGGGCGGUGGGUAGAUUGCAUGAGUCCAGAGAGAUGGAGCAGGGCUAUUUGAAAAUUUUGUUCGGACAAGCGAAAGAAAACAUUUUGUAAUCAAAAUUAACUCUUAUUUAACAAAAGCAGAAACAAAACAACAACAACUAAAACAUUCACGAAAAAAAAGGUACAAAUGAACCCAAAGGUUCCAUUUCACUGGAGCUAGUUUCGAUAACUGCGAACCAUACGAAACACAUACCAGACCACAGCCUACACAAAUGUACGGUAACAUUGUGAAGCGAAACUGUAGCCCAACACAUCUGAUGAAACAUUAGGGAGGUUGGGAGGAAUGUGGAAGACGCAUAAUACACAGUACAACAACGCAUACAUGAUUCUCGAUGGGAAGAGAGAGUGAUCUUGAUGCAUGAUCUGAGUGCAUAUAAACAAA